AUGGAUGAACAGGACCAUGGAUCGGAAAUAGAUCUUCUCUUUAAGUCCCUAGACAAUGAUCUGACUAUAGGAAUCUUCAAGGACUCUCAGAGUCCAUUCACAAUAGCUACAGACGAGCUUUUCACCAUUGGGGCCCCAGUCAUCAAAGAUUCCCACUUUAAGGAGUCCCCCCUUCAGAUCCUGAGAGACUUGCCAGUUCAGGACAUCAUGUCCUUUUAUGAAUAUUUUUUAUACCUUAAUCAGACCAUUGUGCGAGAAUUCAUCCUCUCCAGUCCCACCACUAUCUAUGAACUCCAGACUCUCCUGUUCUUUACUUUUAUGUUUGUCUUUAUCAUCACACUUGUGGGAAAUGUGCUGAUCCUCCUGGUCAUACAGCUGAAUACUCACCUUCACACUCCUAUGUAUACCUUCCUGAGCCAUCUAUCUUUCCUUGAUCUAUGUUACUCCUCAGUAACCGUCCCUAAACUGCUCAAUAUUCUUUGCUCCAGUAACAGGAGGAUCUCAUUUUAUGGCUGCAUAGCUCAGAUAUAUUUCUUCCAUGUCUUGGGGAGUUCAGAGAUGUUCCUCUUAGCCGUCAUGGCUUAUGACCGGUUUGUGGCCAUAUGUGUCCCAUUACGUUAUACAAUUUUAAUGAGGAAGAAGGUCUGUGUAGCUCUGGCUGGUUGUGCCUGGUUCGGUGGCUUUGCUCAUUCAACAUUCCACACCGGUUUCCUGUUGAGACUUUCCUUUUGUGGACCCAAUGAGCUUGAUAAUUUCUUCUGCGAUGCAACCCCACUUAUUAAACUUGCAUGUUCUGAUACCACAAUGGACGAGAUCCUACUGAUCGUCACCCCUGCAAUCCUUGGACCAUUUUGCUUUAUGUUAAUUCUUGUGUCUUACAGCUCCAUUGUAAGUAGCAUCUUGAAAAUGAAUUCACGAGAGGGAAGGCAGAAGACAUUUUCCACAUGUGCUUCACACUUAAUAGUAGUGUCAAUUUUCUAUGGGACUGGGAUCGUUGUAUACGUACAACCAAUGUCAGUGUAUACAUCAGUAAACCGCUUUAUCACUGUGUUCUAUGCUGUUAUAACACCGAUGCUGAACCCCCUAAUAUAUGCUCUGAGGAACAAAGAUGUCAAAGGAGUCCUACAAAAAUUACUAAUACAGCCCAAUGCACUACAGGGUAAACACAACAGAAUAAGCGGUAUCUUCUGA